GACGUGUCCCGCCAUUUACAAGCCUGUUGCGACAAAGGAAAUCGUUAAAACAUCGCCAAAACCGUCUCUCAAUUACGCACCUGCCUCGAGCUACUCUAAGACCUAACACUCCGUCACAACAGUCAAAAUGAUUAUUCCCAUCCGAUGCUUCUCCUGUGGCAAGGUCACUGGCGACCUCUGGGAGCGUUUUCUCAACCUCAUCGACAGUGGAAUGUCUGACGGAGAUGCUAUGGAUGCCCUUGGCUGCAAGAGGUAUUGCUGCCGCCGUAUGAUCAUGACACACGUCGAUCUGAUUGAAAAGCUGCUCAAAUAUUCGACCGAAGGUCGACACGACAAGAAGAUGAACCUGUCGCACUCGUCAUGAGUGGCUGUUCUGCAACAUUAAAAAAUUCUUACAAAAUCUGUGGUCUUGUUGGUGAUCGGCUGGAUUUACUAGGCCAGUUCCCGCAGGUCCUUCUCGACAGACCGGGCGGAUUCUAAUGGCCGCAUACUCUACAAUAUUGGCAUGGCGUUCUGGGGGAUUUAUUCUACAUGUUUUCACACACCACACUUGAGCAUGAUGACACGAGCAUUUUUGGGCGCUUAUGAUCCUAGGCACAAGGGGAACCCAACAUCUUGGGUGCCCGCGCAAAGGAUUUAGGCGCGGGUCGUGUUCUAGUUCUGAAGGAAGGUCCCCAUUCCCCUUAUGCUGUCGUCUACAGGGAGUAGUUACGCAAGUACAAUUACUCUACAUGACAAGGGAGAAGCGGCUUUCCAGACUAGGCGCACUUGUUUGUUUUUGUCUUGAGGCCUCUGGUGUGGUGGACAUUCAUCCCUGUGUUUGAAGUGGUGUGUUGCAGUACGGCGCUUACACAAGCGCAAGCGAACUUGGCUAGAAGGAUCGUUUCCAUGUUCAACUGCUAACAGCUUCUUGCUUGCAUGGAGCAGGUAUGUCUACCUGAAAGCGAAUCCACAAGCAAUCAUGUGAGCAGCAAGGAUGGAGUGUACGGAGCUUGGGAGUAACUUGGCUGCUCUUAGCUGCCUCCUCAUAAAUUCAGGGUAUCUUGCAAAUCAAUACGCUUUAGGGAAUGAAGGCCGAGAAAUUUCUACGGAUAGUAAACAAGGGUGGUACAAAUAUUGGGGUUGAUGGAAUAUCAAGAUUGCUGAUGCGGUAUCAUUGGGCAAUUCAAAGCAGAAAGUCUGGGAUUUGAAGGGUUUAAUCAACUCACCGCUUGCUGCCAUAACAAAUAUAACCCGGGCCUAUACCUGGGUGCCACGUCAAACAAGUCCAUCCACU